CACACCCCUCACGCACCCACCUUUUUCUUUAUAAUCACUUCCAAUUUCAAGUCCUCUCUUCUCUCCCAUAUAUACCCAUUUUAAUUUUAUUUUUUUUUCUCUCAAAGUGAUGAUGGCUUCAAAUUACCCUAGAAAGGGACUAGCCUUAACUUCUUCAAAGGCCAUAGCUAAUGCAGCUUCAUGGUACUGUGCCUUUGUUCUCGUGGCCCUCGCGCUCCUAAGCAUGUUCAAAGACAGCUCCAUGCUUAUUCCAAGUCAAUAUGCCAGCGGCCAACUAUUGUCACGGCCAUGCGAGGAAAUCUAUGUUGUCGGAGAAGGUGAGACGCUUCACACAAUCAGUGACAAGUGUGGUGACCCUUUUAUAGUUGAGAACAACCCUCAUAUCCAUGACCCUGAUGAUGUCUUCCCUGGCCUCGUUAUCAAGAUUACACCCUCACUUCGUACCUAGAAAUUAAGGUUGUUAUAUAUGGAAAAAUCAAUUUUCCUAUCCAUGUGAGAGAGAAAUAACAUCCUUUUCUUGUCAUUACCUUCUCUCUUCUAUUUUUUUUAUAAAAAAAACUUUGUUCCUAUCUUAUCUAUUGUAUAUAUCUUCUCAAAAUCAACAUGAACUUGAUUCUUGUGUAUA